AUGGCGGCCGCGAUUUUGGGGAACCAAAAGAUGUUGUCCCCUUUGGAGAAACUGCAAACUGGGCCGCCGUUGCUGCCAAUGCUGGUGGAAGGCCAGAGCUUUAUCGAUGCCCAAGACGAGUGCUCCGUGACAGAGUUUUGCAAGAAGUACGGCAUGCCGGAUCGGAUCAUUCAGGAGAUCUUCAUUCCCAUGGCCAAAGCGCUGGAUUUCAUCGAUCCCGACCGCCUCUCCAUGACUGUCGUGUUGACGGCCAUGAACCGCUUCAUUAACGAGACCGACGGAAGCCAAACUGCCUUCCUGGACGGUAACCAACCCGACCGGCUUUGCCAACCCAUGGUGGAGCACAUCAAACGCCUCGGUGGAGAUGUUCGCCUCGGGGCGGUCGUGGAGGAGGUUGUCCUGCGCCCAGACGGCUUUGUGGAUUACCUGAGCAUGCGUGGUGGCGAGAAGUUUCGGGCGGAUGAGUACGUCUCGGCGAUGCCGGUUGACGUGCUGAAGCGCUUGCUUCCGCAGCAGUGGUCAAUAAUGCCUUUCUUCCGGCAGCUGGACCAUUUGGAGGGAAUUCCGGUCAUCAAUAUCCACUUGUGGUUCGACCGAAAGCUGAGAAACAUCGACGCUUUGUGCUUCAGCCGCAGCCCACUGCUUUCCGUGCAGCUUGGCCGUUUACGGGGCCCAAGAAUGCAAACAAAAUUUGAAUUCGCAGAAGCUUCAAUUCAAACGACAGCACGCUGCAUUGGGAUGUGCUGGGGGUGA